AUGACCCAGCACGGGACUGGUGGUUCCGGUCAGGGCGCGCUUUGUGACCUUCUCCUCCCUCUCCUGCGUCCCCUCGCGCGCGUGCUUCCCAUUCCCCUCUGUCCGUGUCUGCGAUACACUGCCUCACUCCUCUCCAUACUUCAUGCCCGUUCGUGCCGCGACCUCCUCACGUCUCGCCCGCUUCCUAUCCUCCCCUCUCGCCCUCCAGUCGGUCGGUCUGCGCAGGAUCAGUGGUCACUCGCACCCAAGAGGUUCCUGGCGGAAUACAACGGUCUCGAGGUGGAACGCGGUGGUUUGGACACUCGUGCUCGGUCGCGAGCAGCUGUGCUCACCACUGGCGCUGCUGGCGCAUUGCUGAAAAGCGCAGGCUCCGUGGAUUUCGCCUGGCUGCCGACUCUGGGGGCGAUGAUCAAAUCUCCGCACCGCCUUCUGAAGACGCUGGCCGACCUCUUCCCUCCCACCCACCGGAUCACUUUUUCUUCCAUACUGCUGCUGUCCCCCGUCUCAUCACACCAGCAUGGCACGGCCACUGAGCUAAUCGAUUUUGCGGUUCCUCCAGGUUUCAAAUUCCCCGUCUGGUGGACCGGCAAACCUUCCACACCCUUUCUCCUCACACGCCCAUAA